AUGUACAAGAAACCAUUCAAUGACGCAGUCCUUUACAAAUGUUUCCAUUAUGGCCUUUACACUUCCACACUUUUUGCCACCCACGUGGCACUGUUAUUCCAUAUUUACAUACCCUUGUUGAGGAAAUGUAUACCCGCCCCCCACCCCUCAACUCCUAGACUGCGGUCCUUCCCCACCGGGCCCUGGCGGUGGCUGCACCCAGUUUGAGUGGUCCCUCAGCACGUACUCCAGUCGGCAGCAUCUCCGUGUGCUGGCAGACCAUCAAGUUUCGGGCCGAGUUGAUGCUGGUCUCUGUCCCUCGCAGACUUUAAACGAGUGUAUAUUGGUGUGAAGUGUGAGGCAGACAUUCAGCAACACUUCGAUAACUCGGACGACGUCUGCCGAGCUCCCGGAUUGCCCGCCAGAGGAGAUGGGACGGACCGGAACCGCCCGCCACCGGCGUCUCCUCGCCGCGCAUGCGCGGGGUGACGUCAGCGCGCUCCUUUCCGGAAGCCCCGCGCGGGGAAGCGGAAGUGAGCUGAAGCCGCGUUGCAGACUUGAUGGACAAGAGCAUCCAAUGAAAGCUGCCCCUGCUGCUUGUAUAAAAGACUUCAGUGACCCCAUCUACAAAGAAAUUGCUGUCACAAAUGGUCACAUCAACAGAAUGACUCGUGAUGAGCUCCGAACAAAGCUAGCUGAGCUCCAUUUAGAAGCCAGGGGAGUGAAGGAUGUGUUGAGAAAACGAUUAAAGAACUACUACAAGAAGCAGAAACUGACGCAGUCUUUGCAAAUCAAGCCCGAGUUUUCAGAUAUGUACUACGAUUACUUAUGUGUUAUUGAUUUUGAAGCAACGUGUGAGGAGAACAACCCACCAGACUACUUGCAUGAAAUCAUUGAGUUUCCUAUUGCUCUUGUGAAUACUCAAACACUAGAAAUUGAGGAUACAUUCCAGGAAUAUGUCAAACCAGAACUGAAGCCCACUCUUACAGAGUUCUGUACCAAACUCACAGGCAUUACACAGGAUAUGGUGGACAAGGCAGGGAGUUUCCCAGAUGUUCUUCAACGAGUGGUUGAUUGGAUGAGAGAGAGAGAACUAGGAACCAAGUGUAGAUACGCAGUAUUAACUGAUGGGUCGUGGGAUAUGAGUAAGUUCCUGAAUGUUCAGUGCCACCUUAGCAGUAUUGAAUAUCCACGAUUUGCAAAGAAAUGGAUUAACAUUCGAAAAAGUUAUGGAAACUUUUACAAGGUUCCUAGGGCUCAGACUAAACUCGCUUCCAUGCUGGAAAACCUUGGAAUGAUGUAUGAAGGAAGACCUCACUCUGGAUUGGACGAUUCCCGAAAUAUUGCUCGGAUUGCUAUCCGAAUGCUUCAGGAUGGAUGUCAAUUACGUGUCAAUGAACGCCUGCAUGCAGGGCAACUGGUGAAUGUGCCCAACAGCACUCCACUGGAGAGUGCUCCUCCUCCUUAUUCACCAUGGCAGAAGAUUUAGUACUUCACAUAUGUGUGCAUUUGGUCCAAAGGAGCACAACAUUCAGACUGCAAAAGACAUUGAUUUGUUCAGGAGCACCAGCAUGGUUUUGUGCUUUGUUUUUUUUUAAAUUCUGGGUUACAACAUUUUCUGUUAUCUUCCAGCUUGUAUAUUGUGUGAAAUACUACAAGUCAAGGGAGUGAGAAUGGUCAAAUUUUACUUAAUUUGAAUUUGUACAGACUUACCAAUAAAAGCAUUGUUUUAUAUAAGCUCAGCUUUGCCUUUUUCUAUCUUGUGAAGCUGGCACCUUUAGCCAAAUGCUUAUGUGAAACAUUGUUCCUUAUAAGCAUUUUUUCAAGUCUCUAUGUGCCACAGCAUUUCCAUAAUCUAAAGGAAGCCAAGUGCAGUUUCACCUUUUUUUUAUGAACCAGUGUUAUUCACCUUGCUUUUGGCAAAUCAACCCAGUUUAAUUCUAGCCUUGUUUUUAUCUGCUGUACCAACUCGGUAAAAUAGUCUAUGCCAAAGCCCAAUGCAACUUGACCAACUAGAGUUCUACAUAAUGCAUGUUCAUUUUCCCUGCUGCCUUCCAUAAAGCACUUUCCCUUAUUUCAACACAUUUGUUCCAUUUUGUUUUCCACAAAAGAGAAUGCUUCUGGUAGUAAUUCAAAUUCUAUGAUUUAAUUUUCAAAUUUUGUUUAAAUAUUUACGUGACUGCCACAUUAAUACUGCAAAUGUUGGAGAUAUAGAUUUAAAAGUAGAUAUUAGAUGUCUUUAUUACUUGUACACUCUAUUUAUUUCCCCAAACAUUUUAAUAUUUUGUCCAGCUGCAAUGUCUCUUAACUAAUUUUUAAUAAAGUGAAUGAAUUCCCAGUUCCAAGUUGCUAUGUGAACAAGAACAGUUUGAUGUGCCUUUUGAACUUGGUCUAUUCAGAGCAAUGGUUUGAGUGUUAGUACCACAAUAUAGAAGCACAUCACUUCAAUCGCACCAGAAUUCAUAUGGAGGCUAAUUCAGCUAUUAUUAAUUUUGAAAGACCACAUACUCCAAUCCACAUACCUUCUAAGCACAGCUCCCUAUUGGAAGUGUAGCACUUACACUUUAAAGUUUACUCCUUUCUUGGAAGUUUGGAAAGAACUUGUUGCACUUGUUACUUAUGUUUUGUCUAUUCGAGGCUAACUUUUAUGUCAGCAUUUUUACUCACUUUGAUAACUGGUUUAUGGAAAUGUUUUACGUGUUCAAUAGUUAUAAAGGAGCAUUGUGUUGGUAGAUAAAAUGUUCUCAUUUAUCACAAUCUGCUCUGUUGUGAUUAGUUAAAUGCAUGGCGCUGUUCUUUAAAGAUCCAUCCAGGUGCCUUGUAACUUUCUACCACUUCAGACAUUUAUGAUGUUACGAUGCCAGUUCUAAUAAAAAAUUGUAGACUGAUGUCUAUUCCAGACAGCCAACGUCCUCCUCACAGUCUUACGUUGGCUGGUUUUGCAAUUAUUCCUGGCAGCUGGCCUUGUCUGAUUUUCUCACUAAAAUCUUGCAACCUUUUAGUACAUAUCUUAUGUACUUAAAGUCUGUUAGGGUUUAGAAUUAGAUGUUCAAAUCAAAUGCAGGGUAAUACUGUGAUAUUCCCCAAAAUAUCGAGUUAUAAAGCACAGAAACAUCUGUUCUUAAACUUGCAUUCUUGUCAAUUUGAUGCCGUUGCUGACAGUACCAUACAGUAUCAGUGCCCCUUCCACUCAAUUUUGCCACUGGUUUCAAAUAGUCAUACUAUAUGUCUGAUGUGGUACUGGAUGAGCAGAAAGUUUCUCCCAAUUUUGAGGGGACUAAAGCUAUUGUCUACAAUCUCUCCCACACACUCUGUUCCCUAUCGCCCAGCUCUGACAGUCCCUCUGAAUGUUUAAAUCAAAUAGAACAAUUCACUUCCUUGGUACUAUAUUGAGCAGUCAGCUUCAUCUGUGCAUCACUAGGAUGCUAGAUUUCCUCAAUUCCAUCUUUAUCUCAGUUUAUUUGCAAAUGAAAACUCCAAGCCAUUGUCUUUGUCAUCUCUUGAUUUGAAUACUGUAUACUUAUGGAAUUGGCUCCAAAUUGCAUAUUUUUGAUCUGAUUAUUACUAUUUCCUGUUCUAGUUUUCAUUGUUUCCCAAUUCUUGUUGAUUUUGUGCUUGUUGAUCCAUAUCAACAUCUGGGUAAGAAUAAUCACAAAUCAAAAAAUAACCUAUUUAAACAUCCUCCCUUGGCCUUCCCUGUAUCCAGACCUACAGCCUUUUGAGAUUCUGGCCCAGCACCAAUUCUGACCUCUUCAGCCUGCCUGUAUCUCCUAAUUUCUUUAUCACUGGCACCUUUGUUUUCAACAACAUGACACAUAGGAUCUGGAAUUCCUUAACUCUCUUAUUGAUGCUCUUAUUGAUGUUUUUACCUUAAUCCUUUCAUGUCAUAGAUACAAAUGUUCUUCCUGUUAAGCACCUUGAGACAUUUUGAUAAAUUAAAGGUAUUGUACUAAUGCAAUUUGUUGCUAAUGAAUGCCAUGUGUUUGCCAUUGUUUUAAAUGUCUCCUUAAUCAUAUUUAUUAAAGACAUUUUAA